GCCUCUCCCCUGUUUGCUCUGAGAUACCAGUCUCACUCCUGCCCAGUCCAGGCGGCUACCCUUGGGUGCUCCCUUCCCUCCCCGACACCCAGACUGACCUCGACCGCCCGCCUGGCAGGAGCAGGACGGCUGGACGCGGCCAUGACCGGGCUCCCGGGGCCCUUUCUCUGCGGGGCCCUGCUAGGCUAUCUGUGCCUGAGUGGUGAGGAGGGGCCCGGUGGGAUCACAGCAAGAGCUGGGGGGCGCAGGCCCGGCUUCCCGUCUCCUAGGGACCCACUCUGUCCCUGCCAGGCCAGCUAAGGCUGCCGUGGGCCUCACGGGUCCUAAGGUGCCUGGGGUGAGGCUGGGAGCAGGUGUUGAAGGCCAAGAGGGCAGAGGAGAGAGGCCCCCAAGCUGGCGGAGUUCAGCCUCUCCGUGGUACAGGCCUGAACCACCCACCGCAGGGGUAGUAUUUUUCUCUCUCUGCUAAACACACACACCCUCUUACCUGGGCCGGUCUUGGCCCUUUUACCCACAAAGACCAGGCCCGUCCUGGAAACCUCAGGUUUUGGGAAGGGAGGGGUUGGAUUGAGGAGAGGGUGUUGUGCCCUGGGGAGGGAGCCCUCAGCUUUCAAUGUAGAUGACCGGAGUGGGCCCAACCCUCCAGAUCGCUGGAAUUUGGGUUCCCACCUCCCUUUGGUUCCGGGCCACAGGGCUGGCAGUGGAGGUGAAGGUACCCACUGAGCCGCUGAGCACGCCGGUGGGGAAGACAGCCGAGCUGACCUGCACCUACAGCACGUCGGUGGGAGACAGCUUCGCCCUGGAGUGGAGCUUUGUGCAGCCUGGAAAACCCGUCUCCGAGUCCCAUCCAAUCCUGUACUUCACCAAUGGCCAUCUAUAUCCAACUGGUUCUAAGUCAAAAAGGGUCAGCCUGCUUCAGAACCCCCCCACAAGGGGGGUGGCCACGCUGAAACUGACUGACAUCCACCCCUCAGAUACCGGAACCUACCUCUGCCAAGUCAACAACCCACCAGAUUUCUACACCAAUGGGUUGGGGCUAAUCAACCUUACUGUGCUGGUUCCCCCCAGUAAUCCCUCCUGCAGUCAGAAUGGGCAAACUUCUGUGGGAGGCUCUAUUGCCCUGAGAUGCAGCUCUUCCGAGGGGGCUCCCAGGCCAGUAUACAACUGGGUGCAUCUUGGAUCUUCUCCUACACCGUCUCCAGGCAGCAUGGUUCAAGAUGAGGUGUCUGGCCAGCUCAUUCUCACCAACCUCUCCCUGACCUCCUCGGGCACCUACCGCUGUGUGGCCACCAACCAGAUGGGCAGUGCAUCCUGUGAGCUGACCCUCUCUGUGACUGAACCUUCACAAGGCCGAGUGGCUGGGGCUCUAAUUGGGGUGCUCCUGGGCGUGCUGUUGCUGUCAGUUACUGUGUUCUGCCUGAUCAAGUUCCAGAAAGAGAGGGGGAAGAAUCCCAAGGAGACAUAUGGGGGCAGUGACCUACGGGAGGACGCGGUCGCUCCUGGGAUCUCUGAGCACACUUCGAGGGCUGAUUCUAGCAAGGGGCUCCUGGAAAGACCCUCAUCUGCCAGCACGGUGACGACCACCAAGUCCAAGCUCCCUAUGGUUGUGUGACUUCUCAUCCCUGAGGGCAGUGAGGGGAAAUAUCAGUAAUUAAAGUCUGCGGGUACCAUA